AUGCCCAACAAACGUACUACUCGCCGGAAGAGACAAGAUAAAGAUAAUUUGAUCAAAGGUGUGCGAACACCAUCAGAUAUAGAGAAACUCCUUGGGGAUAUGAACAGAGCAAAAGUCUACCCACCCCUAAAGAAGUUCAUUGUUUACACCUGUGAGAGACAAGUCUAUGGUCCUGACAAAUCUGAUGAAUUCAUCAUCUACUGCCUCUCUAGUUACUUUAUCUUAGGAGUGGAGUGUUACCACAAGUUGCCGCCGCGUACAAACUUCAUCCCCAUAGAUGUUAUCCGCGAAGGAGCCCACAGGGACUUCAAGAUCAAUGCUGGGCUGAAAGAUAAUCUCGUCCAGUUGAUCAAGAUCAAGACGGAAAACCUAUCAACACAAAACAAAACCAUCACAUUAUCCAUGGAUGAGAUUAGUUUGAGUCCAGGUGUGAAGUAUGAUGAGAAUCUGGACCUUUUCAUAGGAUAUGAAGAUGAUGCUAGGAGACUUGCACAAGAAGGAGCCAAAGUGGUGAUAAGUAGUAGAAAACAGAAAAAUGUUGAUGAAGCUCUGAAAGCACUUCGUGAGCAAAACCUAGAAGUCACUGGCUUGACCUGCCAUGUGGCAUCACCAGAGGAUAGGAAGAAUUUAUUCCAAGAAGCCACAAAAUUAGGUGGUCUAGAUAUUCUCAUUUCUAAUGCAGCUGUUAAUCCAGAAGUAGCCAAAGUUCUAGACUGCUCUGAGAAGUCCUGGGAUAAAAUCUUCGAUGUCAACGUAAAAUCUUCAUUUUUACUGGCUAAAGAAUCCCUACCUCUGCUCAGGAGAAGUAAACAUGGAAGAAUUGUAUUCAUUUCAUCAAUUUCAGGAUUUACUCCUCAAGCACCAUUUGAUGAACUAGGUGCAUAUGCUGUGAGCAAGACAGCUUUGUUUGGUUUAACAAAAGCAGCAGCUUCUCAGCUGGGAAAAGAUAAUAUCACAGUGAAUAGUAUAGCACCAGGUAUCAUACAAACCAAGUUUUCUGAGAUUUUAACAACUGAAGAAGGAUUGAGGGAGGAGGGUUUGAAGAGAAUCCCACUGAAUAGGUUCGGUCAGCCUGAUGAAAUUGCUGGAACUGCAGCUUUUCUGGCUUCAGAUGAUGCCGCCUACAUUACAGGAGAAAAUAUAGUUGUUGCUGGUGGAAUGAACUCAAGAAUUUGA